UUUUAAUAUAUUACCCUUCUCAAAGGAACAAAAUUGAAUUUUUCAUUGCUCAAAAUCAUCACGUGGCGUAAUUCUUACGAUUUCAAUUUUUCAUAAAACUAUUGUUACUUGAUCUUUAAUUUGAUUUAAUAUCAAAAACGUGCGUAUUUUCUAUUUUGUUUGCAUCUCCUGUUGUCAUGUUGUGUAACAUUAUGAGAGAGAUAAAGUUCUACUUUGUACAUGUUUGACAUAUAUAUUAGUAAUCUGGUAAAGGUUGAUUGUGUUAAAAUGUCAUAAAGAGAAGAAUAUAUUGUAGUGUUAAAAAAAUGAUUCGUCUUACAAUAAGAUUUCUUUGUAAAUCACAAUAUACAACGUCCUUGCAUUGCAUGAAAUUAUUAAACAUUCGUAAAAUAGAAAUUUGUACAAUGUUGCAAAAAGAUUCUACUCCGUUAGUAAUAGCUGGUCCUUCUGGAAGUGGGAAAAGUACUUUAUUGAAACGACUAUUCGAAGAGUUUCCAGAUAAAUUUGGAUUUUCUGUAUCGCAUACAACUAGAAAUCCUAGAUCUGGCGAAGAGGAUGGUAAACAUUAUUACUUUACAAAUAAAGAAGAAAUGCAAAAACAGAUAGAUAAUGGUGAAUUUCUUGAAACCGCUUCGUAUAGUGGAAAUUUAUAUGGAACCAGUAAACUUGCUGUAGAAAAUGUUCAACGUACUGGAAAAAUAUGUAUACUAGAGAUAGAAAUAGAAGGUGUCAAACAAAUUAAAAAUAGUUCUUUAAGUCCUUUGUAUAUCUUUAUAAAACCACCGUCUAUAAAUGAAUUAGAACAACGAUUAAAAGAUAGGAAUACGGAAACAGACGAAUCUUUACUACGAAGAUUAACUAUUGCUAAGGCAGAAUUGGAAUAUGGUGAGCAGCCAGGUAAUUUUGAUAUUGUGAUUGAGAAUGAUAAUCUUGAUAAAGCUUAUGAGAAAUUGCGUGAAUUUAUUUCUUCCAAAUUAAAUGUCAAUACAUAAAACAGAUAGCUAAAUUAAAUGUGUCCAAGGAUAAGUAUUAUUCAUGAAUUUAUGUAAUGUCACAAAAACAUCUUAUGAUUAGAAAUUGAUGGAAGAUCAUUAUGUUAAUGAUUUUAUGGGGAAAACAGUUGUCAGAAACAAAAGAAAAUAUUUAACCCAUUAAUUUAGUAUAAUGGUAAACUGUGUUUACUGUAGUAGAUAAAAAAAUGUGUAAAAAAUAUUUCAAGUAUAAAUGGAUAAACAAAAUUUAUCUAAUAACUUAUAAAAAAAGAGAAUAUUAAAAUGAGAAAAUCAUUGAAAGAAACUAAGAAUUAAAAUUAAAGAUAUGUAGCAGAAUCUUUACCUGAUAACAGUGCCCACGUAUAAAUAUUGAAAAUAAGUUUACACGAUCGGACUAAGAUAUAUAAUAUAGUUGUGAGAAAAAUUAAAAUAUUAAACAGUUAUAUUUUUUACAGAAAAGAAUUUAAAUGUCUCAUACAGAUACAACUAAAAGAGUAUAUUGCGUUAAAUUAAAUUCUUAUGAAAUAAUAGUGUCUUAAAUAGGCAAAAAUGCAGAGAGAACUUAGUAAAUAAAAUGUAACCAUUUAGAUAUAGCUAACUGAGAUUAUUCACCAAACGAAGUUGUGUUCCAAUAGAGUAGGUUACUUACGAAGUACAUUUGGCUUUGUCUUGUACUUGCCUUUACAUCUAAAAUCAUGCGUUCUUUAUAACAUUUUAAAUUAAAUCCAAACGAUAUUUUAUCGUAAUGCAAACAUAAUAAUUUAUUUUCUAUCUGAAUAUCAAAGAUAGAUAAUUAUUAGUAAUUAAAAUAGUACAAACAUUCCUUUUUAAGUUUAAGAUAUUAUUGAAAGAUAAAAUUAAAGUGCCAAAGUAGAAUAUAUCUUUCAUUUUUAAGAAUGGCCCAUGUCUCAUUUAUAAAUAUUUACAUUCAUCGAAAAAUAAUCAUUUUUCCUAAUUUCAGGAAUAUUUGGUUUUCUAUCUCUAUACUAUUUUAUUGAUAUUAAAUUUCUUGGUGACCAAAUAUAUUAAGUCUGUCUAGUAUUUUAUGUAGGAUUUAAAAGAACAAACAAUUUCUAAAAAGUUGUUGACCAGAGACUACAUUUAAAAGUAUUCCAAUAGAUUAUUAUUAAUCAUAAGUUUUUUUUUUAUGUGUACAUUUAAUAUAUCAUUUACUUACUACCGAUAUCUUUUUAAAAAAUUAUAUAUAUAUAUAUAUUUUUUUUUAAAGAAAUAUGUUGAAAUAAAUCAUUACGUGUACACACUUAUCAUAAAAAGAAGAUAAUCUUGCGCGAUAAGUAUUAUCAUAUUUUGUAAAUACUUUUACUACUUUCAUAAAAAUAAUUUUAUGUGAAGGCAAUUUUUUUCUUAUCUUUCUCUCUAUUUCUCUCUCUCUCUCUCUUUCUCUUUCUCUUUCUAUAUAUAUAAUUAAUUAAUCAAUCUUCAUUUAUGAGAAGUGUAUUUUCGAUAUUUAAUCAUGAUCCCCGAGGAAUAAAGUCUCUUAUAGAGAGAUUAUAUUCUACACUGUUACAAAGAAUUGUAUAAUUAUAAAUAUAUAUAAUAAUAAAUGUACUGUUCAAAGUGAA